ACCUUGGCUUGCUUCCUUCAUCAGCCUUUCCGAGUUUCACCGAUGUUUCCAGCACCACCUUCUGCCAUGACAGCUCCCAAAGGAAGUCGAACCCAGAAGAUGAAGCUGCCCAUUUUUACACGAAAGGGGACCCUGGAGGUACCCUCCCCCACAGAGGAGGACUGGUCUAAGGAUGAUGAAGAGGAUUACAUCUUCAAGGGUCCAUAUCAAGAGCUGGAUUCCUUACCUCAGCCUUAUCGAAUGAUCAACAAGCUGGUGAACUAUCUGUUUGACUGUUCAUGGGAAAUUAUUGAGGAGAGGGACAAAUCGAGGAAAGCUGAGCUCAGCCGGAUCCAGCCCACCAUCUACCCUCCACUGAUGGAGAGCAAGCUCAGCAAAAUGCCACACUGCAUGGCUCUUUCCCAAGACUAUGUGUUUAUUGGAGGAACCAAAGGAUUCUCCAUCUACAGUCUGUACAAUGCUAAACGAGUCUAUGCUUGGGAGAAACUUAAGGUUGAUGUCACGUCCAUCUGGGCCACAGAUCUGGGAAGUGAAAUACUCAUUGCUCCUGUGGAUGAAAUGGGUAUCAUUAGACUGUUUUAUUUUUAUAAGGAUGGUCUUUAUCUCAUCAAAGCCAUCAAUGAAGUGGAUGAUACCAGCAAGCAGACCACCUGUGUAAAGAUGGAGGUUUCCGAAGGAGGGGACUUUGCAGCCUUCCUCCUCCAAGGAGCCGGAGAUAUUUGGCUGGACGUGUAUAAAUUGCCUAAGGAGUCUUGGCUCAAGGAAGUGGAGCACCCCCAAUUCGCCUUGAAUCCAAAGAAAAGAGUCAGACAGCUGCAACUGAACACUCUUGAUCCCAUGACUGCAGACAAUUUAGAAAUGGAUAUAAACAUUUGUUUUAGAGGCGAUUUUAAGCUGAGUCUUCCAGUUUACAUAAUGAAGAUCAAACCACCCAAACCAGUUGCAGGUACUGCAUUUAAAACUCCCCUGGAGGUCUUUGCCAAGAUAGAGGACUGCUGCGGGCUGGGCUCCGGGCAGAAUCACUUCAUCAAGGAGAGUCAGUGGGAUCAGCAGGCAGCGAUCUUCAAGGCCACCUACCAGAAGUACCUGGAUGGGGAGAGGGAGGAGGAGCCGCUCAGAAUGGCCACAUUCCACUUCCUCUUUCCUAGCUGCCUAAUUGCAAUGCCAGCAGAAGUCAAGAAUCCCCCAGGGGUGGCCUGUGUCCUUGGUGUGCACUGGACUGGAAGUCACAACUUCUUCCUCUAUUCACUUAACCGAACGCUCAAGGAUAAAUUUGACCCCGAGAGUGUGUGGCCCUGUGCUGCACCCAUUGUGGUGUCUCAGCUCAGCCACUGCUGCUCCUACCUGGUGCUGGCCUGUGAGGAUGGUGUGCUCACGCUGUGGGACCUGGACGAAGGACUCUCUCUUGGAGUCAUCGCUCUUCCUGAAAAAUGUAUCUGCCAAAGCGUUCACUUCCUGAAAUACUUCUUGGUGCACAAGGGACGGAACAUGUAUCCUGAGGGUCCCGUGAAAUCCCAAGUGAAAUGUGUGGUUCUGUGCACAGAUGCUUCUCUCCAUCUGGUGGCAGCCUCGGGGACUCAAGGACCCACCCUCAGCGUGCUGGUGGAGAGGCCUGUGAAGCACCUGGAUGAAGCCAUCUGUGCAGUGGCCCCGGUUCAAGCCUUCCCUGGCAUGGUGCUGGUCUUUUCCAGCAAUGGCUCCGUGCAACUCAUGGAUGUGGCCAAGCCCCAGACUGUCUGCGCCUUCGCUCCUCCCAGGUCCUACCUGCUGGCAGUCCCCUGGAAGCCAGUGUUUGUCGUGUCUUUACACCACCCGUGUUUCCUGCUCCGAGGAGACCAUCCAGACGAAAUUGGAUCUGCCAGCAAAGCCGACGAUAUUCCAACUUCUGUUUUCUACUUUAAUUUCGAGGCCUACCCACUCCUGGAAAACAUCUCAAGAAAUUGCACCAUUUCUCAGACUGACAUGUUGGAUGACAUGGCCUUCCCCCAGGUGUUGCCCUUGGAGAAAAGAUGUGAGAUUUUCUUCCAGAAAAGGCUUAAGAAGCUGGCGAAUAACAAGGUGAAAGAGCAGGAGCACUGGACCCGGCUCCGGAGGUAUUCCUUGCUUCUCCAAAGAGAGAACCUCAAGAAGUGACUGCGCUUCUGUCCUCUGAAAAGGCUGGCAGCAGGCGGAUCCUUGUCCUGGGACACCCUGAGGCCCAGAGACGUGGUCACAAAGGGCUUCAGCUCAGGAGGCCAAAGGGCCCAGACUUGCAGUCUGACCUCUGCAGAGCCUGCAAGGGGACAGGCACAAUCCGGGGGCCUUCAACCACUAAGCUGCUUGUCAGAGCCCUCGGGUGGGUAGAUGUAUCACCUAAAUAAACAGUGACGAUGUUUCCAGAC